AUGCGAAAUCAUAUACGAAUAUUGGGGUUUCUGCUGAUAACAAUAGAAUUUGUGGUGUUUGCUGAGCAAUUGGUUGAUGAGGAUGAAGAAAUUGAGAAAUACAGACGAAUAUCGAGUCGCCUCAAAGAGCAACUGGCUGAAAAAGCUCGACAAACGGUGGUGGAUUUCGAACAAGUGAUCAAAGCCGAAGAAUCAGCUCGUGAGUGUCUUGGAAUGAUAUGCAAAACGAAUAAUAUAUUCAUAUAUUAUCAGUGUUGUCAGGGUACACCCGGUGAAUGCUGUUGGCACAUGCGAUAUUGGCUGACGUUAGUUCAU